UAAAGAUUCACAGGAAGACCUGAGUGAGGAGAGAGAGCCUCCAGACCAGGACUUCCCUGAGCCUCCAUCAUCUGCAGGGAGGGAAAACAGGCAUCCACACACACACUGCCUCCCACGUACACGUACACACACACACGCACGCACUGAGCCGAGCGCUAGCAGAGCUUUACACACAGCUUCCCACUAAACCAGACAAAGGGACUGUAAUCUGCCAGGAUGGAGGAAAACAUGGACGAAUCUCAGAGCCAGAAAGGCUGUAAGGAGUGCUGCGAGCGAUGCGUUGGCAGCCUCCCCUGGGCGUCGCUCAUCGCCACCAUCCUGCUCUACAUGGGCGUGGCCUUGUUCUGCGGGUGUGGCCACGAGGCGUUGAGCGGCACCGUCUCCAUCCUCCUGAACUACUUCGAUGUGACCAGAGGCCCCGGAGGACUGGACGUUUUUACCAUCAUCGACAUCCUGAAGUACGUGAUUUACGGCCUGGCAGCUGGCUUCUUCGUGUUCGGAGUGCUGCUGCUGGUGGAGGGCUUCUUCACCACCGGGGCCAUCAGAGAUCUCUACGGAGAGUUCAAGAUCACCGCCUGCGGACGCUGCCUCACCGCAUUUCUCAUGUUCCUGGCCUACCUGUUCUUCCUCGUGUGGCUCGGAGUGACGGCCUUCACCAGCCUCCCGGUCUUCAUGUACUACAACGUCUGGUCCAUGUGUCAGAACGCCAGCUCUGUGGAGGGAGCCAACCUCUGCCUGGACCUGCGUCAGUUCGGAGCGGUGACCGUCUCUGAGGACAGGAAGGUGUGCACGGGAACCGAGAAGUUCUACAGGAUGUGUGAAUCCAAUGAGCUGGACUUGACCUUCCACCUGUUUGUGUGCGCGCUGGCGGGAGCUGGAGCUGCCGUCAUCGCCAUGGUCCACUUCCUGAUGGCUCUGGCUGCCAACUGGGGCUACCUGAAGGACGCCAGCCGGAUGCAGAAGUACGAGGACAUCAAGUCCAAGGAGGAGCAGGAGCUGCACGACAUCCACUCCACACGCUCCAAAGAACGCCUCAAUGCCUACACAUAAACA